AUCUAGAGAGAGAGGUGGGUCUGCAGAGGUCCAGUUAGCUUUGGUGUUAUACAUAUUAGGUUUGCUUGUCUACUUCAGCCAUGCCUGUUGAUUUCAGUGGCACCUGGAACCUUGUCAGCAGCGAGAACUUUGAAGGCUACAUGGUGGCCUUAGGUAUUGAUUUUGCCACUCGCAAGAUAGCCAAAAUGCUGAAGCCUCAGAAGGUCUUCAAACAAGAUGGGGACUCCUUUUCCAUCAGCACAACCAGCACUUUCCGCAGCUAUUUAGUCGAGUUCAGGAUUGGAGAGGAGUUUGAAGAAGACAACAAAGGCUUGGACAAUAGAAAAUGCAAGAGUGUGGUUAACUGGGACGGCGACAAGAUUGUUUGUGUCCAGACUGGAGAGAAGAACAACAGAGGCUGGACCCACUGGAUUGAAGGAGAUGACCUGAUCCUGGAACUCCGGUGUGAAGACCAAGUAAGCAGGCAGGUUUUCAAGCGAGCGUGAAGCUGGUUCCUGCGAUACCCCCCAAAUGACAACAGCGCAGAGAACCACGUACAGGAGUGUUCGUGCAUAGCGGCACUUCAGACAUGGAGUGCUAACU